GGUCGGUUUCCACAUUAAACGAUCAUUUUAAGGGCGAACCAAUCAAACUGCAAAUUUAUACAAAUUGAUACUAAACGGGUUAUAUUAAUUUUAUAACAAAAAUUAAGUGUGUAAAUAAGUUUGAACGGAGUCGUAAUUAAAACUAAUUGGGUUUAAUAUAGCGCUAAUUAUUUUGUAUUAAGGCGGGUUUUCGCUGGAAUUUCGUCCUUUUUGACGUUUUGCGUGAGUGUCGUUGGAAUUUUUUGUGUCGCGGGAGAGUGGACUUGUGAUCUGGUUUGAUGAUGCUGGGCGCUGCAGCGGCGGCGCGUGGCUCGUGCUAGCCGCGGCCGCAGCCAUUGGUUUGUGCAGCUGUGUUGCGGACGAUGUCGACAUAGGGGGCGGCCAGGGUUGGCCCCUAGAGGCCAUGCUCAAUAACCUCACUGCGACAGCUUUGGGAGGUCACAAAGAGUCGUGCUCAGAGGACAGCAAGCCGCACGAGAUCAAGCCGAGCCUCGACCGGUCGCACCAUGCGCUCGGCCCACGGCUACACAUCGCGCACAACAUACGCACCGAACACUUACAAGGUGGCAUCCACCAACAACAUAGUGGAGGGCAUAUGGCCACGGUGCCAGUCAGUAUGUCGUCCUCAGCAUCAGACAGCGACAAACCUGCCAAGCAGAAGAGACAUCGAACGAGGUUUACACCGGCACAACUGAACGAGCUGGAGAGAUGUUUUUCUAAGACACAUUACCCUGACAUCUUCAUGCGCGAGGAGAUCGCCAUGAGGAUCGGCCUUACUGAGAGUAGAGUGCAGGUCUGGUUCCAGAACCGUCGAGCGAAGUGGAAGAAACGCAAGAAGAGUACCAACGUGUUCCGUUCUCCUGGCGCGCUGCUGCCGUCGCACGGACUGCCGCCAUUCGGUGCCGGGGACGUCUGCAGUCCUGGCGUCUUCGCUGAUAGACCCUGGUCUAUGCCUGCAGGUCUAGGUCAGCUAUCACAAGGCGGUGUGUCCAUGGGUGGUUUCGGCGCGGGUGGUCUACCACAGCUAGCUGCUGACCUCAACCCAUCCCUGCCUAUCAGCUCCGUUGCCUCUGGACAACCUUACCAGGGACAUUAUCCGCUCAACUCUCUUGGGGACACGAUGAUGUCGUACUGCAACAACAUCAGCCAGCAGCAGCAGGGCGCGCUGGAGGGCUCACCCACUCCGCCUCACAUGGCACACUGUGGUAACAACAAUGCAUCGCCUACUGCCUCCGGUAAUGGUGGCGAACCCGCAGAGGAGGAAGUGUGGCGUGGACAUAGUAUCGCAGCGUUGCGACGGCGCGCGUCCGAGCUGUCGGCCGCGAUCCCGCCGUACUUGCAACUCAACUACGACGCACACAGCCCCGUCUACUGACCGCAUUACCCCGUCUUCUGACCGCGCGACCGCUACUAAGUGGUCAGCUCAGUCCAUUGAAGAUCGACCUUGUAUUAUAGUGAUGCUUGCAUACUUUGUUCGGUUACUACUUCCCAAUUAGUUGUUCACACCUGGUCGAUAUCGUUGACUGGUUUGUAACACGUAUACCCCUUAUUGAAGACAUUAGUUUUGCUAAUUCCAUGGUAUGAAAAGUUAAUUUUUUUGCUUGGAAAAGGUGCGCACGAUGGUGUACUUUUGGAAUUAUUGUGGACGUUUGUUGAAAGAUUUACUUAUGUGGGGCAUAACUCAAUAGAUAAGUAUUUUAUUGCAGUUUGUGGUGCAUGUGAGUCAGUGCCACACUCUACAAUACGUAAAUUGAUAUCAAUUUUUUGAUGUGUUUAUAUGAAUCCAAUUGGCAUACACUGUAUACGAAAUGAAAUGAGAGUCAAGCAUGAGUUUUGUAAAUGUACGCUACCCAUUUUGUUUUCGCACUUGGUAUAAGUUUUCGUGGGCGAUGCAAUAAUGCAAAUGACAAAAGUCAUGUUUGACUUCAAAAGUAUUUACUUACAAAUGUACCUACACGUUUUUAUGUAGCCUGUCAUUUAACCGCAUUGGCUGUGUUAAACAAAUUGUGAGAUUAAAUGGCAUGAACCUACAAUAUUGUAGAACUCCAUGCUAAAGAAUGGCGCUUUAAAGAUUUACUAAAGCAAGCCACUGGACAAAAUAGUCUCGAUUUCCUUCGAAAAUGUGAAAAUUUUGGAGCGCUGUCGCGAUGAUAUUUAUUGCAAAUUUGCAGAGACAUUAUAACUACUUACGAUAAAAUUGUGAGCUGUAUUCGAGAAAAUACAUGUAUACGCAUUCGUACAAUAAUAAAUUAUAGUUUAAUAUUAAGAUAUUUAUUAUUUAAGUAACGAGUAUGAAGUAUUAAAUAGUGUUAAAUAGCAGUAAUGUUAAUGUAUUUACGAAAGUUUGUCGUAUUCGAGGUUUAGAUACGGAUUCCAAACAUUCCAAAUCAAAAUUUUAGAAUAGUGUACCGUAAGAGAAUGGGGCUAUGUCUUGGGUUCCGACACUUGAGAACAUAACAGCUAUUAUUUCGAAAACUUAAUCGAAAAAAUGAUAUUUACUUAAUUCAAGACGGUAAUGAAAGUUUUCACUUCGGAACCCAUGUCGCCCCCUCAGCAAUAUUUUGGUUCAUUCGGGCUUUGUCGUGGAUUGUUAUUGCAUCGCAAAGAAUGUAUCAAUCAGUAUUACCAGCAUUUAAUAUAAGAAGACUGAGCCCGACCUUCUGUAGAUGAGUUUACAGAUGACACAUACCUAGUGCAACUAAAUUACUUUACAUAAUGCAAUAGGGAAUGUGAUAGUAAUUUUAAAUGUUGUCCCGGUCUGUAGGUUCCCAGGCAGAAAAGAAAAGCCAUUAGAGUUUUUUCUCUUAAACAAAAAUGUAUACAAACAUAGUUUUACGACAAAAGAGGGUAAAUUAGUUCAGUGUGUAACGUUAUUAUACAAGAAUCAAAAUAAAGUGGAAAUUAAUCUUAUUCCCACACCCUGUAUACGGAAUUUCGAUCCAAAGUAUGUUUUAUGUGUGUAAAUGUAUAGCUAGGUAUAUUCAAUAUAGAUAAACGAAAUUGAACUCACGGCCACUGUUUUUUAAACACGUUUUUGUAUUAGUUGAAAGUGGUUGAUAGUUCCUAUUUGUUUUGGGCUCCGAUUUGACGAAUCAUUUUAUUAUCUGUCGUAAUUUUCUUUGUGUUAAUUUUUAAUCUGUGUAUUUUCCGUCCGUUGUUUUGUGUGUAAGUAUUAUUGCUUUUGUUUUAUUUCUUUUAAAUGUCUCGGAGCCAUUUUACUUUAAUUUUGAAUCUCUUAGGUUUAAGAAAGAUACUUGUAUGAUACUUAUAUUUUCUUUUUCGAACACCAAAGUGAAGCUUACUAAACUUCUGUUAAAUGCUUCAAAUAAGUACCUACUUGGGUUUUUCAGUGGUAGAGGUGACGUCACAAUACAUUGUAUACUAGAAGUCAUGUGCCGUACUUAUUAAUUUAUUUAUGUAUCGAUUUUUCUAUAAGUAAAGAACUGAGUGGUUAAUAACUUCUAGAACAAAUGAAUAUUUUAAUUGAUUACGAUGACUCGCUCGCUCCGUGUAUGUAUAGCCUACUUUUAGAGUUACAGUACUAGUUCUAAGUAUUAUUAUACAUACAUACAAUAAAAUAGACAAUGUUCAU